AAAUCCGCCAAGUUUUGCGCGACAGUCGAACACGUGCCAGUUUUGAAGCCAUGUGUUUCGACGCUCACGAUGGGCGAAGUGGUGUUGUUAUGGUAGCGUAAACGUUGAUUACAGGUCGUACUUGCAACAAACAAUGGAUUUCGACAAGAUACCGUAUCGCUCCGUCGACGGCGUGAGUUUCAACGUGUUCAGCACGGACGAACUUUUGCGACUGAGCGUGCUAAGCGUGACAUGCUCGGAAACCUUCGACAUCGUCGGCCACCCCACGAAAGGUGGCCUGCACGACUCUCUGCUUGGGCCCAGCGAUCGAGAUGAGGUGUGUGCCACGUGCGGUCUCGGCUUCGUCGCCUGCCCCGGCCACAUUGGACACAUCAGCCUCCCACUGCUCACCUUCAAUCCCCUCUUCUUCAGGACGCUGUACCAGUUGCUGCGCGGCAGCUGCUUUGGCUGUGCCCGCCUGCUGUCGCCACCAGCGGUGUGUCAGCUGACUUUGGCCCAGUUGCAAGUGCUGCAGUACGGGGCCGUGGGCGCUGUGCAAGAACUGCAGGAGCUUGCAGCCGAGGCCAUCACGGACGAGAAGGGCAAGGCCAGCCGCUCCGUCAUGGGCCUGGCGCUCAAGAAGCGCAUCGAUGAGCGCGUCAAGUCUGUCAUGGAAGGCGUGGAUCUGGAGGAGGCGCGGCGCAGCGCCAACGUGAAGAAUGUGGUGGAGUGCCGCCAGCGCCUGAUCAAGACGUUUGUGCGGGAGCACCUGAUGGGGGCCCCCCGCAAGUGCCCCCACUGUGGUGAUGUGCGAAGGGGCAUGACUAUCCAAAACAACGCACGGUUCGUCUACACCGGCCGCGCCCAGGUCGCCUCUCGGACUCCUGUCCCCAUCGUCGGCACGUCCGCCAGGAUGAGGCGCGAGUUUGGGGACUUUGGGGACGAUGAGGGGAUGGACAUCCCCGAAGAGGAAGAGGAGGUCCCGGUGAAGGAGGAGUCUGUGGACACGGGGGCACAGACAUACCUGACGCCCCUAGAGGCCCGCAAGCACCUGCGGCUGCUCUGGCAAAACGAGAGUCCGCUGCUCAGGCACCUGUUUGGAGCCCUGGGCUCGGACUCCCAGAAGCAUCCCGUGGACAUGUUCUUUCUGGAGGCCCUCGUGGUGCCGCCUACACGCUUCCGGCCGAUGAACUUCAUGCAUGGCCGCAAGUAUGAGCACCCGCAGACGGUGAGCCUGUCCAAGGUUCUGCAGUGCUGCGACGCUGCCAGGGCAGUGCUCAAGCUCAUGGAGCGCAACCAAGACAGCGAAUCCUCUGAGGAUACCAUGGAGAUGCAGAGAUUGCAGCAAGUCGUGGACAAGCUACCUGGCAAGGACCUGAGUUCUAAGCUUCACGUCGCGUGGAACAACCUGCAGGUUGCGGUUAACGUCGUGGUGGACAGCGAACUCGACAGGCUGAGCAGUAACAAGGCGACGCCGGGCAUCAAGCAGAUCCUGGAGAAGAAAGAGGGCCUGUUCCGCAAGCACAUGAUGGGCAAGCGUGUGAACUACGCGGCCCGUUCGGUCAUCUCGCCCGACCCGUACAUCGGCGUGGACGAGAUCGGAGUGCCGAUGGUGUUUGCGACGAGGCUUUCUUACCCUGAGCCUGUCACCGACAGAAAUGUGUCAGAGCUCCGAAAGGCCGUCAUCAACGGACCCAACGUCUACCCGGGAGCGUUGCUCGUGGAGCACGGGGACGGGACGGUGACGCGGCUGGACCCAACAAACCGUGUCCGUCGGGAGGCCAUCGCCAAGCAGCUGAUGACGCCGUCGGACUCUUUUAAGAACACCCUGGCACGGUGCAAGACGGUGCACCGCCACCUGCGGACGGGCGACAUGCUGCUGCUAAACCGGCAGCCCACGCUACACAAGCCGAGUAUCAUGGCUCACCAGGCACGAGUGCUGCCCGGUGAAAAGACACUGCGUUUGCACUACGCCAACUGCAAAUGUUACAACGCCGACUUCGACGGCGACGAGAUGAACGCCCACUUUCCCCAGAGCGAGCUGGCACGUGCAGAGGCCAGUCAGGUGGCGACAGUAAACCGGCAGUACCUGGUGCCCAAAGAUGGCACUCCCUUGAGUGGACUCAUCCAGGAUCAUGUGAUUGCGGGCUCUUUGCUCACCAUGCAGGGGCGCUUUUUCAACAGGGAAGACUACAACCAGCUUGUGUAUGGUGCACUGACGUUUGUACCAUCGUCUAUCAAGGUGCUUCCUCCGGCAAUUCAGAAACCAGAGACCCUUUGGACUGGAAAGCAGGUGCUUUCCACUGUACUCAUCAACUGCAUUCCUCGGAACAAACCGGCCCCGACCGUUGAAGGCAAGGCCAAGAUUCCUGCCAAGGCGUGGCUGAGGCCGGGUUCGGAAGCGAACGAAGCAGAGGCACAGAUGAGCGAGGGGCAGGUGGUGAUCCGGGACGGAGAGCUGCUCUGUGGUGUUCUGGACAAGGCCCACUACGGUCCGACCCAGUUUGGGCUGGUCCACGUCUGCUACGAGUUGUAUGGAGGUGCCAUUUCCAGUCUUGUCCUGACCGCUUUUGCAAGGCUGUUCACCCACUUCCUCCAAACCCACGUCGGGUUUACGCUCGGCAUAGAAGACAUCUUGGUCACCCUCAAGGCCGACAAGAAACGCAAGAAGAUUAUGAAGAUGGCGAGGAAGGAAGGAGAUGGGGCAGCCAAGAAGGCCCUGGGAAUUGAGGAGGACAUUGCGCCUGAGGACCUGGUAGAAUUUCUGCGGGGAGCGCACCUCUCCCGCAACGACCGCUACCUUAAGCAGCUGGAUGCCAGCAUGAAGUCUGUCACGGACGACGUCAACAACCAGAUCAACAAGGCCUGUAUCCCAGAUGGUCUCCUGAAGAAGUUUCCAGAAAACAACCUCCAGUUGAUGGUCCAGUCGGGAGCUAAAGGCGGCAUGGUGAACUGCAUGCAGAUAUCAUGCCUGCUUGGCCAGAUUGAGCUGGAAGGGCGGAGAGUGCCGCUGAUGCUGAGUGGGCGGACCCUGCCCUCCUUUCUGCCCUACGACACCAGCCCCCGGGCAGGGGGAUUCGUGGACGGGCGCUUCCUGACGGGGAUCCGUCCGCAGGAGUUCUUCUUCCACUGCAUGGCUGGCAGGGAGGGUCUCGUGGACACGGCAGUGAAGACCAGCCGCAGCGGGUACCUCCAGCGGUGCCUGAUCAAACACCUGGAGGGGCUGAUGGUCGGCUACGACCAGACGGUCAGGGACAGCGACGGCAGCGUCAUCCAGUUCCAGUACGGAGAAGACGGUCUGGACGUGCUGAAGAUGCAAAUGCUGAAGCCGAGUCAGUUCCCGGUGUUGAUCAAGAAUGCGGAAGCCUUGCUUGACAGCAAGGAGCUUGAGCAGUGUCAGAGCUUCACAGACCACGAGGAACUGCACAGCGCAAAAAAAGCGGUGAAAAAGUGGAAAAAGAAGACGGAUGGGAGGCAAGAAGAGAAGGAGCGCCGCGAGAAUGCCUUCACCUUCUUCUCAAGCCGCGAGGGCGGGGAGUACCGCCGGUUGUAUCCCGGGACGAACCCCGACACCGGGCGGCAGCUGCACUGCGAGAAACUGGUCGAGGCGUUCCAGGCGCUCGAGCACAAGUCCCUGAAAAAGCUCAACAAGGCCAUUGUGAAGCCGGCCGACCCUGUGUGCUCCGUCGUGCGCAACGACCUCAACCUGGGGGCGAUCUCUGAGCGCUUGGACGCCCUCGUCGAGGACUACAUCAGCAAGAACCCGCACAGGCUGCUCGUUGAUCCCAAGCGGUCCCCGGACGGCUCCGUGACGGAGCGCGAGAGGAAGGUCCUGUCUCCCGACGACUUCCGGAACGUGGUGUACCUUCGCAACCUGAGGUCCAUCUGCGACCCAGGCGAGCCAGUUGGCCUCUUGGCCGCCCAGAGCAUUGGAGAGCCGUCCACACAGAUGACACUCAACACCUUCCACUUUGCGGGGAGGGGCGAGAUGAACGUGACCCUGGGGAUCCCUCGGAUGCGGGAGAUACUCAUGGUGGCCAGCGCCAACAUCGCCACCCCAACCAUGGACCUGCACCUGCUCCCCGCAGUGGACGCCGAGCAGCGAGCCGAUCGGCUCAGGGUGCUCGUCACCGCCGUCAACCUGGCCCAGGUUCUCGAAGAAGUCACUGUCAGAGAGAGACUCGUGGUCAAGGGGAGGAUGGAACGGUUCCGGGAGUACCGGGUGCACUUCCAGUUCCUUCCGCGCAAGGCGUACCGCAAGACGCUGCACGCGACGCCGCAGCGCAUCUUGCGCUACAUGGAGACCACCUUCCUCCGGCGUCUCGUGGAGGCUGUCAAGAGGAAGCUGGAACAGGUCAAGUCCGCCAAGGUCAUCCGGACUACAAGGUCUCGUGACGGAAGGGCGGGCGGUUCAUCGGCUUCCAACAACGACCAGGGCAAUGACGCCGCCUUCGACGAGGGAUCUGGGGCGGCAAGAAACGCGGCCGAUGUGGACGACGACGGGGGCGGGAGCUCCGACGAAGGGGAGGGCGACGGGGACACGGUUGCGCAGCAGGCGCAGUCGAGACACGCCCAGGACCGAGAGUACGAAGAGGCGGAAGAGGAAGAACUGCCCGCUGCCCUCUCAGAUGAAGAGGCCGAUGGCGGAGAGGAAGGAAACCUCGCCACAGUCCCAAAACUGGAGAAUGCCGAGGAAGACGGAGCAGCGGACGAUGAGGGUGACGAACAGAGGUUGGCCUCUCUGAAAAAGGGUGCCCACAAGGUCAAACACCAGAAGGCGUCGAGAACGGCGAAGGAGGCACGAGUCUUUGCCGUGACAUCGUUCAACCAAUGGGUCACGGGUUACGACUACGACGUGGAUCAAGAAGAGUGGUGCUGCUACACUUUCAGGCUCAGUUUAGAAGGCAGCAAGUUCGACUUCACCUCGGUGGUGGAGGAAGAGUCUGCCAAGGCCGUCUUCCAUUCGGUACCGGGCAUCUCGAGGGCCUUUCUGGUCAAAGACACCAAGGACCGUUCGGGCUGCGGCAAGAUGCUCCAGACCGAAGGCGUCAACUUCGUGGAGAUGUUUCGCCACGGGGACAUCGUCGACAUGCGGCGCAUAUACAGCAACGACAUUCACGCCAUCGCCAAUACCUUUGGGAUCGAAGCGGCCAGGACUGCCAUCGCGAGGGAGGUGGCCAACGUGUUCGCGGUGUACGGCAUCGAGGUGGAUCCCCGUCACCUGCUCCUGGUGGCCGACUACAUGACGUUCGACGGGACGUACCGGGCCUGCAACCGCAUCUCGAUGGAGAGCAACGCGUCGCCCCUGCAGCAGAUGACCUUCGAGACCACCAUGAACUUCCUCAAGUCCGCCACGCUCUCCGGUAUGGAGGAUAGGCUCAAGUCUCCGUCUGCUCGUCUCGUGCUGGGAAGGGAGGUGUCUCUCGGCACGGGCUGUAUGGACCUGAGGCAACCCCACGUGAUCUCUCGGAAACGCUGAUUUGGCUCCGCACUGCCCCUACUUUCGCAAUUCCUCCGUGGUGGUGCCGUGUCGUUACAAAGUGUUUCCAUUACGAAGUGCAAGGCACCGAAGUGGAGGCUCUGCAGCUCAAAAUAAACAUCCACGGUGUGUUUUUCUUUUC